AUGUCUACGUUCAGUUCGAUCUUUGGAUCAUCAGGUGAUAAAACUAAUGUUGAUAAAAAUAUAGAUCUGUUAUUCAAGGCUUCAAAAGGGCCAGUUUCUAGACAAUAUUCUGACAGGGCUAGAACCAUAAUUGAAAUUCCAGUAGAUGCCCCAAAGAAAGAUUCAGAUGAAGAUCAGAGUGAAAGCAUCGAGGAAGAAGAGGAGCAGGAGAAGGACAUAAAGGCAGAAGCCAAGCGUGCAAAGAAAACGAGGCAAAAGAAGGAAUUAAAUGAAGACUUGGAAUCGAAGUACUACGAUAAAUUGUUGAAGGAAAAGGAUGAAGAAGCACCAAAGGUGGAUAAGACAGAAAGUAAAAUCGAAACAGAAGAAAAGGAUGAAAGCGGAUCUGGAUCUGAUUCAGACUCGGAAGACGAGGAGGAGCAAAGUAGUGAAGCUAAGUCCAAACGUGCUAAGACAGUUGAUUUAAAGGAAGCUGAAUUAGAAAAGGCCGAGCGUACUGUAUUUGUGGGUAACGUUAAUGCUGCUGUUGUUAGCUCAAAGCAAAUGUACAAGAAAUUCAAGAAACUUUUCUCGCAGUACGGUAAAGUCCAAUCGAUCAGAUUUAGAUCCAUAUCGUUUGAUGAUGCGGUUCCAAGAAAAGUAGCAUUUGCUAAGAAGAAGUUACAUAGCUCGAGAGACACCUUGAAUGCGUACGUUGUGUUCACAGAAAAGGAGCCAUCUUUGAAGUGCAUUUCCAAGUUAAACGCAACUGUAUUUGAACAUGCACAUUUAAGAGUUGACCAUGUCGCCCAUCCAGCACCAAAGGACAACAAAAGAACUAUUUUUGUUGGAAAUUUGGAUUUUGAAGAAAAGGAAGAGACUUUAUGGCGUUAUUUCAAUUCUAAAACUGACAAUGACGUUGAAUCCGUGAGAGUUAUCAGAGACUCCAAGACCAAUUUGGGUAAAGGUUUUGCCUUAGUUCAAUUCAAGGACACUUUAUCAGUCAACAAGUCUUUGUUACUUAAUGACAAGCCAAUGUCUGAUGAAAAGAAACGUAAGCUUCGUAUCUCAAAGGCUAAGGCGCACUCCAAACCAUCUAUAUUAUCACCAAAUCACAUCGACAACUCCAAGAAGUCUUAUGCCUCAAACAGAUCCAAGAUGUCCGCAAAAUUAAGUGAUAAUCAAAGAACGAAGUUAGGUAGAGCCCAAUCUGUCUUGAAUAAGAGUGAUAGAGCUACCGCCGGUAAGUCCAAGUCGAUUAUUGAAGGACAGAGAGCUUCUAAGGGGGAUCUGAUUGCCGGUAUUAAGGGCCUCAAGAGCAAUAGAGACAGAAAAGUAAAGAAGCCUAGAAUCAGAGACAGAUCUACCAACUUUAAAAAAGAAAGAGACUCAAUGGCUUCGGAAUUGAAGAAUGGUCCAAAGAAAUGA